AUGGCGGCGGCGGCGGUUCUCGCUCUCUUCUGCCGGCGGCGCUGCCUGUGCGACUGCGAGGAGAACCCAGGACCUGCAGCGCUGCAAGCACGUGCUGCGGCAGGAGGAGGUCGAGGCCCCAGGCGGUGGCGGGGCCCUGCAGAGGUGUCCUUUCUGUUUUCACAAAGACAGUCUGUAAUCUUCCUUCGUGACAGAAAUACUCGUUGCCAGGAGGUGUCUGCAUACAUCGACUCUGCACACAGACUGACAACAGAUGACUUGGAAGUCUGCUUCAGUGGGAAGAAAAGACCUUUCCCUCAAAAAGCUGACCUGAGUUUUUACAACUGAAAUAGAAAUGUCAGCACAUCAAAUUCCAGCCCAAAUUACCAAGUGAUUGCAGAAAAUGCCUGUGGACUACUCUUGAAGAACAAAAGUCAUAGGAAAAUAGUAAAUGUGGAUUCCAAGGCCUACCCAGGAGACAACACAACACGGAUCCUGUUGAAGCAGAUCUAUCUCCUUGUUGUUAUCUAUGACUGUGUCAUCAGAGACGGGACUUAG